UUUAGCCUGCCUACUCUCUCUAGCUGCUCCAGCCACUACAUGGGGAAGGACAGGCAGCCCAGACGCGGCAUUGCCGAAUAGUCCACAAGCCAAGAGGGAAAUAUUCGCUGUAUAAUAAAUCACCGCGCCGUUGAACGCACUCACGUUUUUUCUGAAGCUCAUAUUAGCUGAGAAACUGGUCAGGAAUGGCUUCGUCUCCGUGUGACGGUGGUGGUAACUUUGAUUGCGGACUCGAAAUAAAAACUCGGUCGGUGGAGCAAACCCUCAUCCCUCUGGUGUCUCAGAUAACCACACUGAUUAAUCACAAGGACAAGCUAAAGAAGACGGAGAAGACCUCACGAGCCAUCCAGAGGGUCGGCCAGGCGGUCAGCACCGCCGUGAGCCGCUUUGUGGCUGUCGGAGAGGCCAUCGCACUGGAGAAUGAAGAAUUAAAGGAAGAAAUGGGUCACGCAUGCUUUGAGGCCAGACGAGCAGGCACAGCAAUAGCGCAGCUGACAGACGUGUAUAGCGCUGAGCCGUGCGAGGCCGACGGUCGCAGCACUGUGUUCAGUAACAGGAUGGGCAUGGUGAAAGCAGCUCGUAUGCUCCUGUCUUCUGUCACCAAAGUGCUGGUGCUCGCAGAUCGCAUUGUCAUUAAACAGAUCAUCAGUUCCCGCAACAAAGUGCUGGUCACACUGGAGCAGUUGGAGCGAGUCAGCAGCUUUCAAGAGUUUGUGCAGAUCUUCAGUCAGUUUGGCAAUGAGAUGGUGGAAUUUGCACAUCUUACAGGGGACAGGCAGAAUGAUCUGAAGGAUGAGAAGCAGAAGGCACGGAUGGCCGCAGCCCGUGCUGUGUUGGAGAAAUGUACCAUGAUGCUCCUCACUGCUUCUAAGACGUGUCUCAGGCACCCAGACUGUGAGUCUGCACGGAUCAACAAGAACGCCGUGUUCCAGCGUAUGCGUCUGGCUCUGGAGCAGGUUAUCGAGAUCGUGACAGAUGCCAGGAGCAGUGGAGAGGCCAAAGCACUGCCCAUCAGUAUCUAUGCUGGAAUUAAAGACCUUAAGAAUAAGGUGGAGGGAUUGAGGGAAUCGCUGUACUGUGUGCCGUGUGAGACUGUAGCAGCACAGCUGGAGGCUCUGGUAGAACAGACUGAAGACUUCACUGAUUCAGCGUAUACUAGCCAUGAACAGCGCGAGAGCAUCCUGCAGCUCUGCCACACAACACGGCAGGAAACCAAGCAGCUCAUCUCAGCCUGGAGUCAGGCAGUACGACAGCAGAAAGCCAAAGACGUGACGGAGGAAGUGGAGUUGGCUAUUUUGAAGACCUGUCAGAGUCUCUGUGAGCUCAGACGUGAGCUCCACAAGGUAGCAGUGGGACGGGCCGGCGAGCUGCUAAAACAACACUCUGAUCACGCCGUGCUCCAGGCUCUGAAGGCCGUGGGAGGCGAGGGAAACUUCGAGGCGGUGGCCGAUUACACCCGCACACUCACCGAGCACAGGGAGCAGCUGGUGGAGACCUGCCGACUGCUGUGCCACAUCUCAGGCACAGAGCCGCUGGAGAUCACAUGCAUCCAUGCUGAGGAGACCUUCCAUGUCAUUGGUCCACAGAUCAUCUCUGCAGCUCAGACGCUGGCUCUGCACCCCAACAGUAAGAUAGCCAAAGAAAACCUGGACGUGUUCUGUGAGGCCUGGGAGUCACAGCUGUGUGACAUGGCCGUCCUGCUGAAAGAGAUCGGCGACGUUUUCGAAGGCCGCAGAGGGGAUAAAAGAACAUAUCUGUCGUUACCUCGGCCAGGGAAGCACUUGGCUAAUCUGAAGACUCCGAAGACAGCCAGGCUCGACACAGAGGGGCCUGUUUGUUGUGUUGGUCAGGAUCAGACCACCAUCACAAAGCUGGGACAGGAGCUUCGGUUUCUUACCUCUGAUGUGGAUGCUGAGUUGGAUCGCUGGGAGAAUCAGGAGCACGAGGUGGUCCGACUUUGUCAGAGCCUAUCCAGCAUGGCAUACUCCAUGUACCUCUUUACCAGGGGAGAAGGCCUGUUGAAGACCACUAUGGACCUCUUCCACCAAGCUGAGCUCCUGUCAGAGUUGGGUCUCCAGCUGUGCUCCUUUCUUCAGUCCUUCUCCUUACAGCUGGUGGACGAGGAGAAAAUGCUCCUCACGUCUGAGACAGAGAAACUGGCAGCUUUUUGCCAACAGCUACAAAUAUGUGCCAAGACUCCUGUCCAGGGCAAAAGUGCUGCGUUCCAGAAGGUGGACUUGACUAUACACAAUACCAAAGGCGUGAUGACUGUGUCGGUGUCUCUGCUACCGCUGUGUAAUAAAUUCAUCGGAAAGUGUGAAUCCGAGUGUAGCAUUCUGGAUUCCCCUCAGGCCUGGAGAGAGAAGCAGCACACUCCGGUUAAAGAUGACGCACUGAAUGGCAAAAGCUCCAAUGGCUUCAGGGUCAAACCCCUGGAGCAGCAUAUGGCCAAUCUCACCUUCUUAGAAAGCAAGUAGCUUAGAGCCCUUACAGCCCAGAGCUAAUGAAACCUGGAGUAUUAUUCCACACACACACGCGCGCACACACGCACACAGAAACAUAUGCACAUAAACACUUGCUUUGCCACGUUUUGUGCUGUGCAGUGGCUCCUGGCUGCUCUACUCACAUACAAUAAGGUCCAAAAGUCUCUUGUAACCAAGAACUGUUUUUAUCUCAGAGUACAUUUCAUGAGGUAGCUUUCACAACCCAGGUUAUACUUCAUUAAAACUUUGAUUCAAUUAAACAAAUAAUUAUGGCACCAACCUGUAACUGAAAUGUAGAAGAAAGCCACAAUAGGUCAUGUAUUACAGAGGCUACAGGUCAUGGCUACAGGUCAUGGCUCAUGGCUUAUGGCUACAGGUCAUGGUGUGGUUUAAAGAGGAAUUUAUUACGAGUGCAGCUCAGCCAAUCAGAUUUUAGAAUUGGUUUUAUAAUACAAAAUAGGAAUAUUAAUACUGGUAAUGGGAAAAAAAAAAUUAUCUCCACAUUUUGUUUUUAGCUCGUUGAUUGUUUUUAUUGUAGGAUCGGACUCUUUCCCACUUUAUACUGUUCAGUUGUUUGUUCAGUAUCAGAAGUUAAUUAAUGCAGUCUUUUGGGGAUACCUGCUAAAAUUGCUUACAGGAAGUUGAAUACACAUUCCAUCAAAACGAUACAAAAAAUAAUUGUGAUGUAAUAUCUAUUUAUCUGUCUCUCUCUCCACAGAAUUCUCUUCUCUCUCUUAAUUUGAAAGCAGUAAUGAAAUAAGAACAGUUCUCUCAAGACUUUUGGACUUUUGGCAAAGAAACCUCAAAUAAACACAUGGUUGUUUUCUCUUUACAUAAACUAGUGCAUGUUAUUGGGUCAAAUCCAUACUGCCCUGCUAUUUACUACUGUUGAAAAAGCUAAGCUAAGACCGAGUUUCUAUUUUUCAUCAAGUGAUACUGUGUUAAGAGAAUAACUCGAGAGCCUCGGUUGUUUUAGCAUAGAACACUGACACACUGUAUUUAAUGUAUCUGCCUCAUUUACACGUCGACGCCAAAUAUGUCCAGUUUCCGUCACCUCUCAUGCCGUCAGCACCAGGGUGUGAGGAGCCGUGUCACGGACUUAACGUUCAAAAUGCCGAAAACGACUGUGUUCCCAUGAAUCAGCGCUGAAGAUCAUCACUUCAUUUAUUUUAUUUUAGUAUCAAGGCAACAUUCAUGGUAUUAAAAGUAAAGUUUGUUUGUGUGCUUGUAGUGAUAGUAACUGCCUCCUCGUAUGGACUGUCCUGUAGGUCACUGUGAUUCGUACUCUUACUUGAAACAUGAAAGCUGCAGCGAGCUCUGGUACAGAAACUCCAUACAAUCAGGAUGAAGACUUUCUCCAAAUCAAAACACGACUGCUGUCUACUUUGGAGCGAGCGCUUCAUACGGCAUGGUCUUACAUUUCCUUUCUGCCUCACGUCUCACUCGUUCAACUGGAAGCUGAGCGAUGCGUCCAAAGCAUGUGUGUUCGUGUGUGAAGAUUCAGAACACACUCGUAAUUGUGCUUUCAUGAACACUGCAGUCAAACUGUAAGCUUUAGUGAUGACUGAGAAACUAUCAGCCUGAGUGAAACCAGUUUCAGACCAUUCGGAUCCUUUUGACAGUUGAAUGAUUGUUAAAAACAAAGAAAGACUAAAUAUACAAUUAUUUUUCUUAAA